AUGGUCCAUAUCAGAACCAACAAUUCGAUGGAUAAUUAUGAAAACGUUGUCGUCCCAAACAUCAUGAACCUCUUUAUGGAACUCUAUGCGUCAGAAGAGGGGUUGUCGAUAAAUUUCUGCCAUCGAUGCAAAUGGUUGAGCACCCGAUUUCUUCAUAUGUUCAAGAAGACUUUGAGUCCGGAGUUUUCAAUCCGUAACUGGACGUAUCGUAAUGCAACAUUCAAACCAGUCCCUCUGAAAGCUGGCUGUUUCGAUGAUGUUAUUGGAUUCGCCUGCUCUGAGUUGUGUCACUGCAAAGGCCACUGCACCAACAAGUUGAAGAGGACUUCUUUUGAAAUUGAGAGAAAGAACAAGAUGCUUGGAUUUCAAAUAAAAACUCAAAAUUACAUACCAGCAGGAACAGUCAUUGCAGAGCUUACCGGCGAAUCAGUGAAAUACCAUGAUCUCCUACCAGGUGAAAUUUUCAUGGAAUGUACAGAUCAAGAGUUGAACUUCAUUUUCGUAGUUGACAAUUUCCUACUCCCUAGCAAUCUAUGUAUCAACAAAGACAUCCAACAAAAGAUGCAGAGUAUAUGGAAAACAUCAUUGGAGGAAGUGAUUCCAGUUGACUGUGACAUCUCAAGAAAUGUCAACGAUGCCGAUAUCCCAACUUCAUUGACUUAUAAAUACUCUGACACAAAUGUCACCAGAAGAGCACAAAUGGAAAAAAACAGUUGGAUGUGA